AUGGCUACCGCGAAAGACACGUCUGCUUUCUUGCGUGAAGCAGAUGCUAAAGAUUUUGAUAGUGUUUUAAAGUUAUAUCCACAAGCGAUUAAACUAAAGGCCGACCAGAAAACAAAGAGGCCCGAGGAGCUGAUAAAAUUGGACAACUGGUACCAAAAUGAAUUGCCCAAGAAGAUCAAAUCCAGGGGCAAAGACGCGCACAUGGUACAUGAGGAAUUGGUACAGCUGAUGAAAUGGAAACAAGCCCGGGGAAGGUUCUACCCACAACUAUCAUACCUCAUAAAAGUGAACACGCCACGAGCCGUCAUGGCGGAGACGAAGAAAGCCUUCAAGAAGCUGCCCAACAUAGAAUCUGCGAUGACGGCUUUAAGUAAUCUUAAAGGAGUCGGUACGGCCACAGCCUCCGCACUGUUGGCUGCUGCCAGCCCCGAGAUAGCGCCAUUCAUGGCCGACGAAUGCGUACAAGCCAUUCCUGAAAUGGAAGGAAGUGAUUACACUGCCAAGGAAUACCUCAAUUUUGUUAAACAUAUUAGAAACGUCUGUGAUAGGUUAAAUAAGGAUCAAAACGGUUGUGGCAAGAAAUGGUCACCGCACAUGGUAGAACUCACGUUAUGGAUACACCACAUAGUAUCAGACUUACAACCAGAACUACUCGGCAAGCCCCCAAAGAUCGCACCCACGAAUGGGGGAUCACCUUUGCCCAGUGACGAGAGCAAUCUAGAACCGCCGACAAAUGGUAAUGGUAAAUUAUCAUCAGAGUGCGCAGAAGACACAACAUCUUGCACAGAAGACUCCAUGGACGCAAAAGGCGCGUCUCCAUCGAAUCCAGCGACGCCAGCAUCCCCCUCCGACAACUCUGACUCAGCGUUGAGCACGCCCCGAGCUAAACGGCAAAUAGAAGAAGCGAGUUCAGAAGAGAACUCGCUGGGUGACGCGUGUGACGUCGCGCCGCCCGUCAAGAAGCUCCGAGAAGCCACGCACUGA